CACUCGAAGAAGUUAGAAAUGCGCGCGGUUUUUCUCUAGAAUAUAGUUAGAGGAUUUGUAAAAAAAUGUAUAAAAGGAAAAGUUAAAAGUGUCAAAUCGAUAAAAGGUGUUAAUAGUACGUGUUACAAACAAGAAAGAUAAUCACGGAAAAGCACGAACAAGACAGAUUAAAACGAUCAAAAAGGUUCCCAGCGGGCCUUUUUGUUUCUGGCCUCGGUUUUCGUCCGAAGGCAAUCUAUUCAGCAGGAAGGGCAGUGAUAAGCGCUGCACGAGUCACGCUGAAAACGAAGGACAAUCCCGUGUCACGGCGAGUGAGAUACAGAGGUUCGUCGCCAUUAGAUUGCAACCGUGUCCUGAUCUAGGGCGGUCCCACUUCGUUUUCGGCCAGCAAGCCCUGAUGCUACACGAGGUUCUUCGCCAUUUUGGGGCACAGAUACAGCCACGAAAUCCAAGCCGGCUGCGAUUCGACCGUCACAAAGAACCGAACACGGAAGCCUCAUCUACAGCAGCAGCCAUCUUCAUUAACAGCAGUUGCUAUCAUCGUCGGGAAUACUAUCGACAGACCUGCACCAACCAAUAUGAUAAAAGCAUCCAAAUGAUCAGCGGAGGAGACGGCAAAUGCGUGGCCGAGUUCAAAGUGGCCGAGGAACACCUGAAUCGUGCAGGUGGGCUGCACGGGGGCUAUACUGCCACCCUGGUGGAUGUUGUGACGACCUACGCACUGAUGACCAAGGAUAACUGUUUACCGGGGGUGUCGGUUGACAUUCAUGUGACCUACCUGAAGGCCGCAAAGGAAGGAGACGAUGUGAUUAUCGAUGCCAACACCAUUCGGGCUGGGAAAAACUUGGCCUUUCUGGAGUGCGAGCUACGACAUAAGAAGGAUAACUCGAUCAUAGCCCGGGGGCAGCAUACCAAGUACAUUGGAACCGGGGGCGGUAAGACGAAAGAGUAACUGAUCGUAAGGGUUUUCUUUCCAGGGAUAGUGAAAUAAAUAGGUUCAUAGUUAUUUCGAAAAGAGAGUAAAAUUGUUUGUUUUUAUUGAA